AUUAUUCCAGUUCGCUGCUUUUCAUGCGGCAAGGUCAUUGGCGACAAAUGGAAUGAUUAUCUGAAGCUCCUCUCCAAUGACAAAACUGAAGGUGAAGCUCUCGACGAGCUGCAACUAAAAAGAUAUUGCUGUCGCAGGAUGGUGUUAACGCAUGUCGAUUUGAUUGAGAAAUUGCUGCAUUAUAAUCCCAUGGAGAGAACUAGGGACAGGUCACACUUCGUCCAACAGUAA